AUCGUUUUCUAAUAUGAGUUUCAGAUCUUAUAUUCAUAAUUUUAAUUGGGAACUGCUCUUUUCUUUACUGUAGGAGUAAUAUGAGUUUCAGAUCUUCUAUUUCUGAUUUUAAUUUUCAAAUUCAAUAGUUUGUGCUCCGAGAGAGAACUCACCUACUCAUGUACAGUCAAACUGAGAGGUGAUUCAAUAAAAAAUGAAGUUGAACAGUGGUAACUGAUCUGCGAUGAGUUAGCCGAGGAUUUACAGCUUCGGACUGGUGGAGUUGGUGUGAUGGUGGAGCUGGGUGUUUCACCGCCACAGAUCCAUUGACGGUCUAUGAUAACGACGCAUCGCACGCCGUUUAAAACCAAUCACGUCGUCGUAUUUAUAUUUGUUUGCAUCUGAAGUAAAGAUCUUAACUUGGCAAAGUUAGGACAUGGACUUAUCAGGAAUAGAGAUUUAAGUAGUGCAGGAGUGGCAAUUUUAUUGGUGAUGGAUGGUGAUGUGGUCAGCUCCAAACUCUAAUGCAAAUAUGAUAUUCAUACUCGGCCACUUGUUUCUGUCUGCCACUUGCAACCAUUGCCUAUCCCCUCCAAGCACCAAUUUUUUAAACAACUAUAUAAUCGAGUCCAAAUAACUCAGCAACCAAUACCUUCCAUACAAUAUAACAUAAAACAAAAGUGAGGGUCAGGGCAGCCAUUAAAAUAUUUACACCAAAAGAAAAUCAAUAUAAACAAGAAUCAAUAUUCGGUUCAGAAUAAAGAGUUUAUUAGCCAUUAAAAGAGUUCUUGGACCUUUGAUUCUUUUUUUAUCUUAACCUGACUUUGAUUCUUUCUUUUAUAGUUCAAUAACACAGUUGUUUUUUUUUAUAUGGGUACGGUCAUCAAUCAAUCAAUCAUCCUUCAAAGAAAAAAGUCCACACCACCACGACGCACUACCAGCCGCCCCAAAAGUAAACGCUCAUGAUAUAUACUAAUAUACUGCUACUUCAAUAUUUGGGUGGUGCAUACUUUUUCUGUUCUUUAGUUUAUUACUAAUAUUUUGUGUAUUGCCUUGGUGCCAUUAUAAUAUCAAUGACUAACGUCAUGCCCCCCAAAAAUACGUUGUCUCCUACCUCCACCUCUCUUACUUCAUUUUCCAUUUCUUUCUUUGGUCAAUGGGUGUUCUACCGCAAUCUUCAUAUCUCUGUUAUUCUACAACUACAAGCUACCUUUGAGAUCAGAUAAUCAUGUACUUGGUCUACUUUUUCUCCUCCUCUUCUUCCCCUUCCUUAUACCUUGUUCUUGCUUUUGUUCUUUUGUCCCAGUGAUGGGGAUGAUUACGAUUGAUGUUAAAGACAAUAACUUUCUUGGUCUUUCUUGCUUGGGUUAUCCAAUAAUACCAAGACCAAGAAUCAUGGUCUUGUUGGUUCUGGUAUUAAUAAUAUUACUUUCACUGCCUUCUAGCCAUGCUGCAGUUUUCUGCAAUCAAGAUGAUCAUGAUUCUCUUCUGCCCUUUUUCUCUAACGUAUCCUCUUCUUCUUCUCCUUUGAAUUGGUCUGCUACUAUUGAUUGCUGCCUUUGGGAAGGAGUUGAGUGUGAUGUAACUGACGGUAGAGUCACUCGUCUUUGGUUACCCUUCAAAGGCCUUACUGGCUUUCUCUCACCUUCUCUUGCCAAUUUGACCCAUCUAUCUCAACUCAAUCUCUCUCAUAAUAGACUUUUUGGUCCUCUUCCUCCCAGCUUUUUAUCUUCUCUCGAUAGUCUCCAGAUUCUUGAUCUCAGCAAUAAUCGUCUAUAUGGGGAAAUACCGUCUUCUCAUGAAAAUAGCACCAAUACAGCUAUCCAGAUAGUGGACUUAUCUAGCAACCACUUUAGUGGGGUAAUUCCAUCCAACUCGAUUCUCCAGGUAGCUAGGAAUAUGAGUAGCUUCAAUAUUAGCAACAAUAGCUUCAUUGGCCAAAUUCCGUCCAACAUCUGCAUUGUUUCUUCUUACACCCUGACCAUUCUCGACUUCUCUGACAAUGAUUUCAAUGGCAGUAUUCCCUUUGGAAUAGGGGAAUGUUCCAAUCUGAGGAUUUUCUCUGCAGGUUUCAAUAAUCUCUCAGGGACAAUUCCUGAGGAUAUUUACAACGCUGUCUUGCUGGAACAACUCUCAUUACCUCUCAACAACCUGUAUGGUAUCAUCAGCGAUUCCUUGGUCAAUCUGAGGAACCUCAGAAUUCUUGAUCUAUACUCUAAUCAGUUGACUGGCUCAAUACCACAAGAUAUUGGCAAGCUCUCUGAAUUGGAACAGUUGCAGCUUCACAUCAACAAUCUCACAGGUUCUCUGCCUCCAUCUCUAAUGAAUUGUACUAAACUAGUGACAUUGAAUUUGAGGGUCAAUUUUUUAGUAGGGGAGCUCUCUGCCUUCAAUUUCUCUUCAUUUUUCCGACUUAGCAUCCUUGAUCUCGGUAACAACAACUUCACAGGUAAUCUUCCUAAAAGUCUUUAUGCUUGUAAAUCGCUAAGAGCAGUUAGACUUGCCUAUAAUCAGCUGGAGGGACAGAUUUCACCUGAAAUACAAGCACUAGAGUCUCUGUCUUUUCUGUCUGUUUCUUACAACAACUUAACCAACCUUACUGGAGCAAUCCGAAUUAUGAUGGGCUGUAGUAACCUCACUACUCUUAUACUCUCUGUGAAUUUCAUGCAUGAAACCAUACCAGAUGAAGAGGCAUUAAACUCAACUGGAUUCGAGAACCUCCAGGUUUUUGCCCUGGGUGCUUCUCAACUGUCUGGCCAAGUACCCACUUGGCUAGCCAAGCUCAAGAACCUAGAAAUCUUGGACCUGUCUGUUAAUCGAAUCACAGGUUUGAUUCCCAGUUGGUUAGGUAGUCUGCCAAGUCUUUUCUAUAUAGACUUGUCUUGUAACCUCCUAUUUGGAGAAUUUCCAAAGGAACUCACAGGAUUGCCAACACUAGCAUUUAAAGGGACUAGUGAGCUAAUUGGUCGGAGUUAUCUUCCAUUACCUGUGUUUGCACAGCCCAAUAACGCUACCUAUCAGCAGUACAAUCAACUGUAUAACUUACCACCAGCUAUAUACUUGGGAAACAACAGCCUUAGUGGAGAUAUCCCAAUAGAGAUUGGCCAAUUAAAGUUUAUCCAUGUGCUGGAUUUUAGUAAUAACAACUUCUCUGGCAACAUUCCUGAUCAACUAUCAAAUCUCACCAACUUAGAGAAAUUGAAUCUCUCUGGAAACAAGCUAUCUGGAGAAAUCCCUGCAUCACUCAAUGUUCUCCAUUUCUUAUCUUCAUUUAGUGUCAGUGAUAACAAUCUUCAAGGACCUAUACCAUCUGGAAGUCAGUUUGAUACCUUUCCAGUUUCGAGCUUUAUGGGAAAUCUGGGAUUGUGUGGUCCAAUUUUACAGCGUUCGUGCUCCAAUUCAUCAGAACCUUCCCAUCCUAGUACGCGCCAUAAAAGAACAAACACAAAACUUCUUGUUGGACUUGUACUUGGAAGCUGUUUUGCAACCGGUUUAUUUAUUGCUGGGCUGGCUCUGUGGAUAUUGUCAAAGAGAAGGAUCAUUCCAGGAGGGGACAUGGAAAACAUAGAGAUGGAUACGCUUUCUAGCAACUCCAUAUUGCCUCUUGACUCUGACAAAGAUACUAGCCUGGUUAUAUUGUUCCCUAACAAUACUGAUGAACUCAAGGAUCUGACCAUAUCUGAACUCUUAAAGGCCACUGGCAAUUUCAAUCAAGCAAACAUUAUUGGCUGUGGUGGUUUUGGUUUGGUCUACAAAGCAACAUUGGCAAACGGGACCAAGCUGGCUAUUAAGAAACUCUCGGGAGAAAUGGGUCUCAUGGAAAGGGAAUUCAAAGCAGAAGUAGAGGCUUUAUCCACAGCACAACACGAGAAUCUGGUUUCAUUGCAAGGUUACUGUGUGUAUGAAGGUUUUAGGCUGCUUGUGUAUUCCUACAUGGAAAAUGGAAGUUUGGAUUACUGGUUACACGAGAAGGUUGAUGGUGCAUCCCUGUUAGACUGGCCAACUAGACUUAAGAUUGCAAGAGGAACAAGCCGUGGUCUUGCUUACAUGCACCAAAUAUGUGAGCCACACAUUGUUCAUCGCGAUAUAAAGUCAAGCAACAUCCUUCUUGAUGACAAGUUCGAAGCACACGUAGCAGAUUUCGGAUUGUCUAGGUUGAUUCUUCCCUAUCAUACUCAUGUUACAACAGAGCUGGUUGGUACUCUAGGUUAUAUUCCUCCGGAAUAUGGGCAAGCAUGGGUAGCCACAUUGAGAGGAGACAUGUAUAGUUUUGGGGUUGUAAUGCUUGAGUUGCUGACUGGAAAGAGACCUGUGGAGGUAUUCAAGCCAAAAAUGUCAAGAGAAUUGGUCGGCUGGGUCCUGCAAAUGAGGAGCGAAGGCAAACAAGACCAAAUCUUUGAUCCUAUCUUAAAAGGAAAGGGAUUUGAUGAUGAAAUGCUGCAAGUGCUAGAUGUUGCCUGUAAGUGUGUAAAUCAGAACCCUACAAAGAGACCAACUAUUAAGGAAGUUGUCGAGUGGCUGAAAAAUGUAGGUUCAAACAGAAACCACAAUAAGGAUUAGGAAAUGCCCUUCUGCACAUAUAAGAAUACAGGUAUAUAUAUAUAUAUAUAUAUUGUUUGCACAGAAUGUCUGGUUCUGAUUGUAUAGUUUCACAUCAUUUUACUGUUGUAAAUGUGAAUUUCACUUAUCAUACUAGUCUAAAGAUUUAGAAAAAGAAGAAAAUUUAAAUCAAAGUGAUAUGGUUGUUUUCUUAGAA